CGGCGGCGGCGGCGAUGGGCGGCGGGGCGCGGGAGCUGGCCGGGUACCUGGCGGCGCUGGCCGGCUGGGUGGCGGGGCUGGCGGCCGCCGUGCUGCCGCAGUGGCGGCAGAGCUCGUACGCCGGGGACGCCAUCAUCACGGCCGUGGGGCUCCACGAGGGGCUGUGGAUGAGUUGCGCCGCCCAGAGCACCGGGCAGGUGCAGUGCCGCCUGCACGACUCGCUGCUCUCCCUCGAAGUUCACAUCCAGACAUGCCGGGCUCUCAUGGUCAUUUCUCUUCUCCUGGGCUUCUUUGGCAUCAUCGUGAGCGUGGUGGGCAUGAAAUGCACUAAAGUUGGGGAGGAGGAUCCUGUCACCAAAAGCCGCAUAGCUGUUGCUGGAGGUGUUCUCUUCAUUCUCUCUGGUCUGUGCACACUGGCUGCCGUGUCGUUGUAUGCAACACAGGUGACCUAUGAGUUCUUCAGAGAGAGCACCAUCCCCAUCAACGCUAGGUACGAAUUCGGCUCUGCUCUCUUCGUGGGCUGGGGGGCCGCCAGCCUCUCCAUGUUGGGGGGGUCCCUCCUGUGCUGCUCCUGCCCUGCCAAGGAGCGCCGAGGACAGCAGUACCAUCAGCAGUCACAGCCCUCCACAGCCCGGGAGUACAUCUGAGCCCAACCCUGCGCUCCUGCUGCCCAGUGCCUCCCUUCCCUCCCAAAAAGAGGCAAGACCCUGGUGUUCCCACCCUGCCUGGACCCUGAAUGCCCCAUGAGACCUUUCUCCUUCUUAUCUUCCAGGUUUCAGCCCCAUUUUCAGUGCCAGCCUCUAAAGUAGAGGUUUUAAGUAUCAUACCUCCCAUAUCCAUCAUUGCCGUCUUCUCCUCAGCUGGGCGGGGUGGCACCCCCAGCCCCACAAUGUGGCCAGGCCAUGUCUGUCUGUCACAGGGACUCUGUGGGGGUGAUGCAGGGAGGCUGAUGCCAGUGGCACAGGGGCACAGAGCCAAUUGGCCAAUCCCACGGGAGUGUGCUGCACAGAGAUGCUUUGUACCAUGGCCACCCCUCUCCCACAUCCUGUCUUCAGGAGCAAGCGGGGAGGAAAGCCAGUGUUUGGUUUUCCUUGGAUGAGGUUUUCACUUCUAACAGCACCAGCCCAACUCGGGGUUCAAGCAUCCCCACACCACGCUCUUGGCAGAGGGAUGCUUUUAGGGUGCAGCAUUACCCUGCCUCAUUGCUACUGAAAAGCAACACUUUAAAAUUAUUAUUAAUUAUGAUUGAUUCCUGCCUGGAGGCCAGUUCUCCAGCUGAGCUCUGCCAGCCCAAACCUGCCUUGGACUCGUUCCUGUCCAGGACCAGGCUGUGCCUUGUUAAACAAUAAAUGGGCAAAUUAAAGCAGCAAAAUGGGCUCUGAACACAAAUUUAUUGUUUUUAGUUUUGGUGCCCAACACAACUAUUUUGAGUGGCAGAUGGACAGAGCCCUGAAUUUUGGUGCCUCCCUGCUGGGUCCAAAUCCCUCUUCCCCGCCAAGAUCCCCUAGAGCAGACAGUGAAGGUUCCAAACACAACCUGCUAAUUGCCUCCAUCGCUUUAUACCUCUGUUCUACUGCUAUUAAUUGUUUUGCAACUGCCAAAGCUCCAAUUUAAUCUGUAAAUCCUCCAAACUCUCUGUACUUCAGCCCUGCUGCCGGUGUUGUGCUAACCAACCCACAGGGAAGGACACUGGAAAUUAUCCAAACAGCUUCAUUAUCUAUUUUUUAAUUUUAUUUUUAAACCCAAAUAUGAAGAGAAAGCUGAUUUUUUAAAAUUUUGGGUUACUCUGUUUUAUUUUGCUUCAUUUUAUUUUAUUUUACUUUAUUCUCUAUUUCUCUAUUUUAUUUUGCUCUAUUUUAUUUUACUCUUCUUUUCUCCUUUUUAUUUUCUUUCCUUCUGUUUUAUUUCCUUUCCCUCUCUUUGAUGUUAUGCCCAUGCCCAGGUCUGGAUCCCUGGCUGUGCUGGAGGAGAAAUGCUACUUCUUUCCUGAGGGUGGGGGGGCUGAUUUCUCUCUUUCUCCCUGGCAUUAACUGCCUUUAUCUCUUUUAAGUUGCAGUCCCCCUGUAAAAUUGUCACACCUCAGAGGAGAGCAGUGCUUGUAGGCUGGCAUCACCCAUCAGGUCCUGAACCCAGAUUUUGGGAUCCGAAAAACACCAACCAAAGCCACUGCAGUAAGGAUUGAAAAGGAACCUUGUGCUUUAAAACAAACAAACAAAAAACAAAAACAACCCCCUCCCCCCCAAAAAAAACCCCACAUACUAAAAAGGCCUUUUUAUAUUUCAGUGUAAAGAAUUUUGUAAAGUGUUUUUUAUUCUAUUAAUAUAAAUUUCAUUAACUUUUCCAUGGGAUGCAUGGCCCUGGAAAUGGGACAGGUGGGGGAUUUUUUUUUUUUUUUUUUUUUUUUUUUUUUUUGC